ACCCACUCCGCCUUCCCGUCCCUCCUCCUUUUUACCCAACCCUCUCCAUGUUGAGGCGUUUUGGUUUCGGACGAUCAUCAUCUCUGGAUGUAAUCCUCGCAAAGCCUCAAGUCAAGCUCGAAGAGCUGUUUGAAGACAGCGAUCAACUUUUACAAGAAGUGCAUUUGCAGAAUCCUCGGCUAAUCAGUUUUUUACGACAACCGAGUGUUCUUUCGCAACUCCGAACGUAUCAUUCCCCCCAAUCGUCUAGCCCUUCUUUGUUAAAUAAAACAACCAAAACGACAACGACACCCACUACCAAGUCCGAGAAUCUAAACGGCAACCAUAGCAAGAAAAACGAAGGAAACAACAACAAGAAGAAUAAUCAUGUAUAUAUCGCAUGUGAAAUAUUAGCAGCAGGAAUACCGGCACUGAUGGAUGGAUUGGUUUAUGCACACCCGGAACUACUUACAGUCUUGUGGGCCAUCCUGGAUCAGCCAUGUAAGCUGACACCACGUCAGAUGGCCGGAUUCUGCAAAGUGAAUGCUAUCCUACUUCAACGACGGACAGGUGAUCUGGUCCGUUUUAUCGAAUCUCACAAGGAUAUCGUGGUCAAAUGGUUGAAUCAUAUAUUCAAUUAUGAGGGUGCUGGCGUGCCGUACUUGUCGGAUCUGUUGAUCGCUUUUGUACAGUGCGAGAGAUUACCUGAAGGCACAGGAAUUGGUCAGUGGCUAGCGGAUCAUGGAUUAUUGACGCUGCUGGUGGAUCGAAUGCAGCCCCAUUUGGAUCCUUUGAACCAUGAAAUUGCACAACAGAUGCUGUGUGAUAUCAUUUUCAGCAGCGAUACAUCCAGUGCCAUGAUUACCGAACUGACAAGCUUAGUGACUAUGAAACGGUUGGCAGGAUACAUGUUGGAUUCGACAGCUCCUCAUGCAUCCAAUGCAUUGAUAUGUGGUACAGGCGUUAUUCGUGGGUUACGUCAAUACAGUGAGAAAAUUAUUAGCAACUCCAUGGUGGAUCCAACAAUGCUAUUUUGUCAUGCCUUGGAAACAUUUACGGAACGCAUAGGCGAUUUGAUGGCUUUACUCGAUUCUCCACGAUCAUGUAAAGAAGCAGAAAAAGACGAACGACUGGGGCUAGAACGGCUAUCGAUUUGUGAACUGUUGAUGGAAUUCUUAUACUGUGCAAGCGUUGCGACUGGUGAAAAGGGAGCAAAGCUGGCAAAUGCGUAUAGACGGGCUGUGAUUGAACACAAAGCGUUGAUCCGUUGUUUGGAUCUUUUUUUCGCAUUUCCAUCGAACAAUAUCUUGCAUAACACAGUGUAUGCGUUGAUGCGUGACAUUUUACUUCGAGAGCCGCCACGACCUGUCGUUUUGACAAAGGAUCACUUGGUCAUCGAGGUACUGGUUCGUGGUCGAUUGAUGGAGAGGAUGUUGGAUGCCUAUGAUGCAGUACGGCAGCAAGGGAAAACUCGACCUGGGUAUAUGGGUCACUUGGCACUACUCUCAAAUGAUAUACAACGUGCUCUGGAAGAGAUAUACCAUCCCGAAUUAGCAGAAUAUCUCGAGCACAAUGACGCGUCCGCCCAAGGAGGAAUGUUGUUGACUCGAUGGUUUGCACAUUAUGAACAACUUGGUCAAGAAAUCAAGCAGAAAAUGUCUUUUAAUAACGAAGCAGUCUUUUGGUCGGUAAGUCGAUAUCAGGAACUGAUGGAUGAGACAACUGCAAGGAUAUACGAUGCACCCGAGGUGACCACACGACAAAAAAAACAAUGAUGAUUCCUCAUCAUAUACCCCUUAAUCUUCUACUAUUAUUAUAGUUUGCUUUCCUUCAUAACUGUGAUUCCCCUCCUCCACAAUUUUUGUUAUUGUUGUUCAUAUUACAUAUUAUUUGUCAAUCAUUAUAGAAGCAAAAAUCUCUACCAUUCAAAAGAAAAGGGUUCAUUUAC